CCCCGCGCGGGUAGCCUUGGAGUGCCCCGCGCGGCCUCUCUUCCGGCCCCGCCCCUCCUGGCUGCCAUGACAACGAGUCUGCGCCCCGCGCUCAGCUGCUUCUCCGGCGGAACCCAGGCUGGACCGCGGGCCCCGGCCUGGGGGCCACUGCUGCCACCGCCGCCGCCACCUCGUCUCCUCCCCGUCCCCGCCCAGCCCCAGGUCUCCCCGCCUCACUCGGGCCCGUGGCCGGGGUCACUCCCCGCCUCCCGUGCCCGCACGGAUGCCGAAGGUGAAGGCGCUGCAGUGCGCCCUGGCGCUGGAGAUCAGCUCAGUAACUUGUCCAGGAGUCGUGCUUAAAGACAAAGAGGACAUCUAUCUUAGCAUCUGUGUGUUUGGCCAAUACAAAAAGACACAAUGUGUCCCAGCCACUUUUCCCCUGGUCUUCAAUGCCAGAAUGGUGUUUGAAAAGGUGUUCCCGGACGCAGUAGAUCCUGGAGAUGUGGUUACACAGCUUGAAUAUGAUACAGCAGUGUUCGAGUUGAUACAGCUAGUUCCACCAGUGGGUGAAACACUGUCUACGUAUGACGAAAAUACACGAGAUUUCAUGUUUCCGGGUCCAAACCAAAUGUCUGGACACCAUGAUUCAAACCGCCAGGUUACCAUGAGGAGGAUUUCUGGCCUUCGAGGAAAUGCUCCAAGGCUGGAAUUUUCUACGACUUCAGUGAUUACUGAAUGUCUGAUAAGUUCAAGGAAAUGCCGCACUCAGGAUAAAUUUAUUUACCAUUUGGCUCCAGUUGAAAAAUCACAUGGCAGACUGCAAAACAGAACAUCAAGAUCACAAAAGAAAAAAUCCAAGUCACCUGAGAGAAGUAAAUACUGUAUAAAUGCAAAAAACUACGAACAGCCUACAAUUUCUUCAAAAUCACACUCUCCAUCUCCCUACACAAAAAGACGCAUGUGUGAGCUAUCUGAAGACACCAGGCGGCGGCUGGCCCAUUUAAAUCUGGGACCCUAUGAGUUCAAAAAAGAAACAGAUAAACCUCCAUUUGUGAUUAGACAUGUUGAUCCCCCAAGUCCCAGGGCUGAUACUUUAUUGGGAUCUUCUGGAAGAGACUGUGAAAGAGAUGGAUGGUCAAGGGUGCACAAUGAUCAUUCUCAUCUUGGCUGCUGCCGACCCAAGGAUUAUAAGGUUAUCAGGACACCACAAGGGAGAGACUUCGAUGACUCUUUAGAAAAAUGUGAAGAGUAUUUGAGCCCAAGGUCGUGUAGUAAGCCCCGGCAUUCAGCAAGGACCUUACUAGUCCAUUCAGCACCCUCAACAAUGCCAAAGCAUUCUCCAAGCCCUGUGUUAAAUAGAGCUUCUCUCAGGGAAAGAUUUCAUUCUGAUUGGUGUUCACCUUCAAACUGCGAUGAGAUCCAUGACCGGGUAAAAAAUGUCUUGAAAUCACAUCAGGCUCAUCAAAGACAUUUAUAUCAAAUGGGAGGGGAAGAUGCAAGAUCGUGGCAGUCACAAACUCUGGCUCCAGCCUCCUGCUGCUCCACUGCCCAACCUGGGCAGGAUGAGAGAGACCUAGAGAAAGAUGAUGAACUGGAACUGAAAAGAAGUCUUUUAUGUAGAGACUCUGCCUAUGACAGUGACCCCGAGUAUAGCUCAUGUCAGCAGCCACGUGGCACUUUCCAUUUGGAUGACGGUGAAUACUGGUCCAACAGGGCAGCCUCUUAUAAGGGAAAAUCCCACCGACCCAUCUUUGAGAACAGCAUGGACAAGAUGUACAGGAACUUAUACAAAAAGGCCUGUAGUUCUGCUUCACAUACACAGGAAAGCUUCUGAGACCAUCCAUGAUAAACCUCAUUAGUGUCCUUGUCAAUUUCUCAAUGAAAAUGUUUGAUGUGAUCAAUAUCUGUAUUCCUUUUUUUAAAAAAAAUGGGAUUAUAACUAAGUUCAAUAGUUAUACUUGAAUAAGUUCAUUACUUCAAAUGGUAAAUUAUCAUAGGCAAGCCUUUUAAAAUAAUUAUUACAGAAGAGUCUGCUGUGUUACAAACAUUAGAGCUCUGUCACACAAUCACAACUUCCAAUAUGUGACAAGGAUAUUCUGUUACAUGUACACCUCAUAUUCCAUCUGCAAAUCCAAGAAUAGUUCCUUUCUAGAAAUGUUUUUUUUUGCCUUACUCACCUUGCAAUUUUCUUUUCAUCUACUUAACUGGUUAUCUUGCCUGUGUAAGAUUUAAUUAAUAUUGACUACCUUUUCUUGAUGAUGAACAAAAUGAUAUCCUAUACAGAAAUGAAUUUCCUAAGGGUUUAAACCCUGUUUUCACUAACAUUUUCUACUUUUUCCUUUUUCAGAACAGGCUAUUAUAUUUCUUAGCUCAUAGGCUUUCUUUUUAAAGACUAUAUGAUCAUUCACUCCUUUUUCUCUGGAAGAACUGUCUAAGUUGCUUAAAAUGCAUAGCAGUUAGCUAGAAAUAUCAGUCCCAUGGAUGAUCAAAAAUUUGAAUAACUAAUUUUUAAAGAUAAAAUUCUUUGCAUGAUUUUUUUUCUAGGGCCAUACCUUUUGGUGCAACCAGAAUCAGAAAAUGGCCUCUGUUAGUAAGCUUAUAGAAACCUAAAAAUAAUAAUGGAAUUAUAUUGUAAUUUGACUGCUUGGAAUUUGUGUAAGUACCAUAUGGCCCAAGGCACUAUUAUAAUAUCCUCACUUUAAAAAAAAAAAACACUUGGAACCACAAUGCGAGUAAAAUAUUAUAGCAGAACACUUUGUGGUAGACACUGAAAAUGUUGUUGAUUGAUGGAUAGAAUUAACUUCUCCUCCACCACCCCAACACACACCUGUGAAGCCAAUGAUACUAUAAAGAUAUCAAGAAAUCAGCUACUUUAUAUUUAAUAGAGAGUGAGGGGAGGGAAAGGAGAGUGUAGGAAUAAGUGAACUGGGCUUAUAGUCUUGAAGAGUUGACUAAAAGAUAAUAUUUUCUCAUUGACUCUGUUUUUGAUUAAUUUUACAGUUAUGAUUGAAAAAGAACAAAAUGAACUUCCUUUAAAAUGAAAUUAAAAUGUGAAACUUGCUGACUUAUUUUUGUAGUAGAACUUGUUAACAUCAUGUUAAGGGUGCUUUAGUAUCACAGUCUGUGAUAUAUCAGAAAGGGCAUUAGAGCUAUCUCUAUGAGCCAGGAGUCCUAGGCUUUAGUAUCCCAUGUCUGCCGUUUUCUAGCUGAGUCUAUUUAAUUCUCAGAUCCUUUGUUUCCUCAGCUAUCAAAUGAUAAGAAUGUAGUAGACCCCAAACUGUGUUCUGUGGACCAAGAUCACUGUUUUAGGAGAUAAUCGUAGGAAUGUAGAUAUAAGUAUGUAAUUGGCCAUCUAAGUUUAGGGAAAUCUGUUUGCUACACACAUACACACACACACACGCACACAGACACACACACCUCUUAGAGAGUCAUAUGUAGGAUUAUAGAGGUAAAAAGAGAUGAUAUUAAUGCUGGAAUAGCGCCUGUAAACUGGGGCUGUCUACAGCAAAUUAGGAUAUAUGGUCACUGUGCUCAUUGUGAACAGUAGCCUGUUCGAGGCUUUAAGAAAAUUCUGGUAUAAAUCUGUCUUACUCUGCAUCUAGUAGACAGCCUGGCAUGUAAUUGAUGUUCCUUAAAUAUUUAUCGAAUUAACCCAGAAUUUUCUAAACUAAAUUUAGCAUGUACCACUAUUUGUUAUUCUUGCCACCACCCCCCAUUCCCCUAGCUCCUCACACUACCUGCCAAUGUCAUCCUAAGGUACAUGUGGAUACCUAGGUUGUGGAAAUGCUGGACUACACAAUUGCUGAGUUACUCUCUGGCUGUAGAUUAUGUGAUGAGGUAUUUUACAAUCAGCUUUUGAAGGUCAAUAUUGAAUAAUGCUCUUUUAAAAAAAUUAUAUCCUCAGUGUUUUUCCAUGGGAAAAUAAAUGAAAAUUCUUUUAAGAGUUGCUGUUUGGUGAAAAGAACAAACAUGACUUUCAAAGAAAAUGUUUUACUAUCACCAAAAUCUCCCAAGUGAAUAAGUACCACAGAAAUUACUUAUUGCACCUGUAUCUGCCAUUGGCUGUGAAAAAGGCUGCAAAAAGUAGGGCUGAAAGGGAAACUUUAGAAACUAAUACUCUGAAAGAUGUUUUCCUAUGGAUUAAAUUUAGUGUCUUUCUGAAAGUUGGGGGCAAAUUCCCAGAUACUAAUAGCAUCUUUGCUAAGUGUCUGAUUAUCUUCUAUCCCCUAGGAGGAAAGAGUGGUCCAUGUUGCUGUAAAUACUACUGUGAGCGCUUAUGCUGUAUUGUUUUUAAAGAGUAAAACUUUUAAGUACUAAUAGUUGUCUUUUCUCAUUCACAGGAGCAGAAAGGUGCAGUUGUUUAUUCUCUUAGCCUUUUUUUUUCUGUAUUUCCCACAAAUCUAGAAAUAAUUAUUGGAGUUAAUAUGAAAGAUAAAUAGGCUUUUCUUUUUACUUUUUAAUUUUUUUCUUUAAAUCAUAAAAAACCUGGGGAUUUAGAAAAAUGUCAAAAUCAACAAAUAAAGAUGAAUCAUUGGAA